GAUGUCCUGUUGCUUGACGAGCAUCUCCAAGCUUCUCCAUCUUUCCAGCUCUUGAGAGAACAGCGGCAGAGAACAGAACUAAACCAACCAUGAGCCACACUGCAAUGCAUACCUCCACGUCCUAUCGACGCACCUUUGGGAGCCCACACCCUAUCUCCAUGUCCUCUUACUCUCCUGCAUUCUCUCGCAUGCCCAUGUCCGGGGGACGCUACAUGCGUUCGGUGUCACCUGCUGUGGCAUCCCGCUCCACCGUCUACCACCAACAGCGUUCCCGCUCCAGCACCCAGCCCCCUCGCCUCUCCUAUGACAAGGUGGACUUCACCCUGGCUGAAGCCGUCAACCAGGAGUUCCUCACCACCCGCAGCAAUGAGAAGGCCGAGCUGCAGGAGCUCAACGACCGCUUUGCCAGCUUCAUCGAGAAGGUGCGCUACCUGGAGCAGCAGAAUGGCGCACUGCAGCAGGAACUCACCCAGUACAAAGGCCAGCAGCAGCAUGGUCAGCCCAAUCGCGCCUCUGAGAUCUUCCAGGAGGAGCUGAGGGAGUUGCGGCGCCAGAUGGACAACAUCGGCAAGGAGAGGGACCAGUACCAACUGGAGAGGGACAACCUGGCUGAGGAUCUGGCCAUGGUCAAGCAGAGGCUGGAAGAGGAGGCCCAGAAGAGGGCAGAUGCUGAGAAUAACCUGGUUGCCUUCCGCAAGGAUGUGGAUGAUGCCACUUUGUCCCGCCUGGAGCUGGAAAGGAAGAUUGAGUCUCUGAUGGAUGAGAUUGAAUUCCUAAAGAAGAUCCAUGAUGAAGAAAUCCAGGAUGUACAAGUGAGCGUCCAGACCCAGCACCUGAAGAUGGAGGUGGACAGCACCUCCAGGCCAGACCUAACUGGUGCUCUGAGGGACAUCAGGGCCCAGUAUGAGACCAUUGCUUUGAAGAACAUGCAGGAAUCUGAGGACUGGUACAAGUCCAAGUUUGCUGAUUUGACUGAGUCCGCAAAACGCAACGGUGACGCUCUGAGGCAGGCCAAGCAGGAGGCCAACGAGUCCAGGAGGCAGAUUCAGUCUCUCAACUGUGAAGUUGAUGCACUGAAGAACACGAAUGAGGCUCUGCUGAGGCAGAUGCGUGAAAUGGAGGACCAGUUUGGCAAUGAGAUUGGCAACUACCAGGAUAAUGUUGGCAGACUGGAGGAUGAGAUCCGCCACCUGAAGGAGGAGAUGGCUCGCCACCUUCGGGAGUACCAGGACCUCCUCAAUGUCAAAAUGGCUCUGGACAUUGAGAUUGCCACUUAUCGUAAAUUGCUGGAGGGGGAGGAGAGCAGGAUUACUGUUCCCAUCCUCAAUAUUGGCAUGACAAAUCACAUUGGUGAGCGAGAAUAUGAACACACUCCAGACAGUGGGACCAAGAGGACUGUUGUGAUAAAGACAGUUGAGACUAGAGAUGGAGAGGUGGUGAAGGAGUCCAGGAGGGAGAAGGAGACCGACUCCGGCCACACUGACAAGGAUGACAAGAACGAGUAGAUGAAAUCUGAUUAGAUAAUGUGAAGGCUAGUGCCAUGAUAAGGGAAAAAAAACAUUUAAAAAAAGAAAAAAAUUAGAAAAAAACAACUCUGACCUAUUUAGUCCUUGUUUCUGGCUAGUUGUGUUUCAUUGUCUCAGUAUAGGUGCGAAGAUUCUCUCAGUGUAGGUGCAAUGUUGAAUGAAUCCCUUUAGACAGUGUCACUUUGGUGCUAUUAAAGCCACCUAACGUUUGCUGAACACUUUGUUUCAUCUGUAGGGCUAAGCUGAACCACUUUAUUAACAUACCACUCGAGGCCUUGAUUUACAGUGCAAUCCUGUGGAAUCCUUAGAUGACCACAUAUUUGUAGCAGACUAUUAAACAACAGUCUGAAAUAGUUUGAGAAGUUUAUGAUUUUAGUCGUUUGUGUCGUAGAUAUGACUUACCUACAAAACUUGAGACACUGCCCUUUGUUCAACACCUUAAAAGGACAAACCGAUAAUAAAUGAACCUAUUUGCAUUUGUUUUAGAAGCUUUGCUAUCCUCUUACUGUUCCAGCCUCCAAAUUUCCAAAGACAUGAAUUAUUAAUAAACAUGCAACACAAGAGAAAAUGAAAAGAUGACCGUCAUUGAUGGAAAAGACUUACUGAAUGUGCUUCGCAAUGCUGUGUGUAUCUGGCAUGAUUGAUGAAUGAUUAUGUAAGAGCAAAUAAACUUAA